CUGGGCCGAUGCGGAGCCAACGCCGACGCAGCCGCCAGCCGCCACCACACCACACCGCCGCCUCCGCCGUGAGCUCGUGGGAGGAGCAGGCGGCGCCUGGGCGACAACGAAGCCGCCGGACCGGACCGCGGACCACAUGCUGGGCCCUCUCCGCCGCGCCGCCGUGGCCGCGGGCGCGGCGUCCGCGUCGGCGGCGAGCCUCCGGCAGUUCCAGUGCGCUUACCAUCGAAGCAAUGAGAGAUUACUGCCCUGUCGAGACCAAGAAGUUUCAUAUGGUCUUAAUUGGGCUAUUGCUGGAAGAGGUGUUGUUGUAAAAGAUAAGGUCUUCUAUAACCUGGAGAAAUCGGAACUUCAGAAAGGUGGUGCUGCUUACACAGAGUGCCUGUCUGGCAUUCCACUUCAUGUUAGAGGAAAUGUCAUUAGCGGGAUUCCUGAUGUUUCAAGAGCUCAAUUCGCAAAGCUUCUUAAACUGGUGACCUUUCAUCUUUCAUCGAUCUCAAGUCUGUAUGUCCAAGACGGUGCUGUUGGUUCCUCUGUGGAGUGUGAUGCAAAGGUCCGUGUUAUUAGCGAUAACCCCUCUGCUGUUCUGUUGCUCUCCAAUAUCCUUUGGAAAACACCAGAUCGUUCUAUUUCCCAUGACACAUGCCCAUUGACUAUAUAUGUUGCCAGCUCGAUAAGUGCUAAUGUCAGGAAUUCUCUUGGUUCUGGAUCACAAUACGCCAAUGGAUUUGCAGCAGCAGACAUAGAACGCUCGUCACUUAUCCUAUGUGGUAAAGCAUUUGCUGAUUCCGCUAUGCUCAAAGGUGCUCUUAGUGCUUUGACUGCCCCUGUAUUAUCAGCAAGGGGAGGACUACCAUUUCCUGGGUGGCUCCUGUCUUUUGGUGGUUCUGCUGUAUUGUUGUUUGCUCCAGUGGAUGUCAUAAAAUCCUUAAAACUUCAGGACGUUCUCGUGUCCACUGACAGUGGUGUAGUUGUCUCCCCUAAAGGAUCUAAUGUGCUAUUCGCCACAAAGGCUAGGGAACCAAAUUUGUUUACCAGACCAACUCAAGUUAUUAUUGUAUCAUCAGAUAGUACUGAUGCCCUACCAGCAUUAUCAAAGCUUUCUCCAGGCCAGGCUGCUUACCAUUUCUUAGCAGGAUAUUGUGAUGGUAAAUUUAUCCCAGCUUACAGCAAGGACCCCUCCCCUCUUGACCCCAUUGCCCUAGCAAAUUCCUUAUUUUCUCAUCUGAAAGAAGAUAAUACACCUACUUAUCUGAUAAAUGCCAAGAGCUCUGGAAAGUACAUAGAUGGCAAGGAGUUCGUGAGGCUAAUAGAGGUGUUAUUAUCGAACAAUCUGCCAGACCGCAAAUCUGAAGAUAUUAGAGUGGGGGAAUUGAAGGGAAAGUACAAGAGCUUUUUAUCCAGCAAAUUCGGCAAAUAUUUACCUAAGGAGUUCUCUUUCUGAGAAUCAUUAUCAAUGCUUUAGUGUACAUUUACCACACUGGAUAGGUUUACUGUCUACAUUUUUAACUUGAUCUGGGAUUGUCACCCCUUUCUCCCUCAUCUCUCAAGUCUCAACCACAAAAUACGUUACUAAUACGUUAUGAUUUUUUUUCUUUCUCUUGGUUUUGGCAUGGUUAAUUAAAACUGUGCCUGUUGUAAACGAAUUCCAAUGUUGUGCACAGGCAUGCUUGCUUUUGUGCACAGGCAAGAAUUUAGUACCAGCAGGACUGCAGAAGCUUUCUGUGUAUUUCUGAGCUCCAAAUCGUCC